CAAGACUAAAAGUCUGAAACUAAACCGCUUAAUUCGGAGGUGUAUAUUCAUAUACAUGACAUGUAUUCAUGAUUUCAUACAAUAAGAACUGGGACAAUGACGUACAAAUGAAAUCAGUCGGGCAUAGGACGAAUAUAUGAAUAUGUACACCCGCCAAUUGAGCUUCUAGUUCUAGCCACGGCCUUGCGUGCAACUGAAAACCAUAUUCUCUUACGAGUUUUAUCUCUCUAAGAUUGCUAACAACACUCAGUACAUGAGAAAACAACUCUCACAGAACUUAAAACAACAUCUUAAAGAAGGCAAAGUUGAUCUGGAUAAAUUAGACCGACGAAUUUAUCUCAGUCUACCAAGUAAUGAGUCUCAUGUUGGCCAUCCCGUCGGAGAGAACAGCGACUCAACAUCGGAGAGAAUGCACAGCAAAGUGUCGGAAAAGAUCGGGGAACUCGUGGAGGAAGGCUUUACUGGUAUUCGAGAGGUUGAACGUCGUUUAGAAGUCUUUGUUAACACUCAGUUGUGUCCGGAAUUGUGGAAACCUUGCCACACUAACCGUCGUUACUACCCUACAAGAGGGGUGAUAAGAAACAAGAUGUAUAAUGCUUAUAUCAAACGACGAUUAAAUAUGAUUGAUCAUGAAGUUGUCAAUCAACUCCUAAAGGAAAGACAGGAUAAAAAUCCAGAAGAUAGUGUGUUGUUCAGAGGCUGUGAUGGUAUUGAUGAGAUGCGUCUCUGCGCUCUGUCUGGCAUUUCCGUCGAGGAAGAGUUAGAAGACCACCUUAAGAUAAGACAGAAGUUUGCCCAGCAACAAAUGAUUCUCGUUCAUCAAACCUCAUUUCAACGUCAUCUUCUCAAACGCUACGGCAAUCAUGUGUGUUUCCUUGAUCCCGUCUAUAGAACAGUCAAAUAUCCUCUGCCGUUGUUUUUUCUCAUAAUCAAAACAAAUGUUGAUUAUCAAGUCGUUGCGACUUUUGUCGUACAAGAUGAAAACAUGGAGUCCACAAGAGAAGCGCUUGAGUUGAUCAAAGAAUGGAAUCCUGAUUGGAAACCGAAAGUGUUCAUGGCUGAUAAUGACAGCGAAGAGAUUUUAGCUCUGGAGCAGGUUUUUACAGAUUGCAAAGUUUUCAUAAAUGAUUUUCAUCGUGAGCAGGCAUGGGAGAAAUGGCUCUCCCAAUCAACAAACCAGAUGAUCCCGUACAAAGAAGCCUUGAUUCAUCAUCUGCACAGGCUGGCCAAAGCGGCAACUCUGGAGCAGUUUGAAAAACGAUUUUGUGACUUGGAACGAAGAGAUGUUUGGAAUGAUAGUUAUGGAAAAAUGUUUAGAACUUGGUUUGAGAAUGCUUGGCUUGCCGUUAAGGAGCGUUGGGUUUGGUGCUACAAAGAAGAGAGCUACACAAACGUUCUUACGACAAACAACACAUUCGAAGCUCAAAAGAAAGAUUUCAUUCACGAGCAACUUGUUGGGAUCAAAUACCUUUCGCUGGGUCAAAUGCUGAAAGUCGUCAUGGAAAUCUACUUACCUAGAAUUCGUGAUCUCUAUUACGAGUUAAACGCAGACAUACAGACAGGAACCUCAAGCAAGUAUGCAAACCUUCCUGAUGUGUUUCGUAACAGACCAAGAUGGGUGAUUGAUCACAUCAGCGAAAGAAUUACGUCAUCGUAUGAGAUAUCUUGGGAUGACAUCACUGUUGACAGCUACAAGGAAGGAGAGUUUUUGGUGAAUUGUCGCCGAUCAGAUGUCGAGUAUAAGGUUCAGUUUGGUAACAGUGAGAAAUACCCUCAUUGUGAUUGUGUGGACUGGACAAGCACCAUGCUUCCUUGCAAGCAUUUCGUUGCAGUCAUGCGUGAUAUCAAGGACUGGAGUUGGUCGAAAUUCCCGGAAAGUUAUCGUUGCUCUCCUUACUUAACCUUGGACGAGAUUGUUAAUCCGAAGACUACGGAGGAACACGAGGCGUCUACGAGUAAGACUGAUGAUGUCACGGAGAGUUCCGAAGCCACCGUUAGUGUUCUUGACUCGAGUCAAUUUCAUGAGUUGGCCUUCCCGAAGUUCAAUUCGCGCAGUAAAUCCAGCAUUUGUCGUGAUCUACUUAAUGACAUCAAUAAUAUGACGUAUAGCCUCUCAGAUGACGACGUCAUCAACCGUUUGAACGCCUCGCUAGAUGACGUAUUGGCCGAUAUAAAGUUGUCCUUUGUUGAAGAUGAAAUCGUUAUAGAGCAAGAUGAAGUGGAAACAAAGCCAGUCAAGAGCGAGGAAAAGCCUAAAGGACUGGGAAAGAAGUCAAAGAGGUCUUCCGCUAGUACACCUUCCAAGGUAAGCCCCGGUGGAGAGGGGAAUGAAGACGAACCUCCGCGAAAGAUAGCGAAACCUCACGAGAAUACGACGAUGAGUUACGGGAAUGAGACGAUCGAGGAGCAAGUCUUGGAAGAGAUGAAUCAUAUGGAGAUUUUAAAUAUUGAUUAUUACCGACCAGCCGCCUCUGAUGCUUCUGCUGUUGAUGUUUCUGGAGAGGGGAACACGGGGAGUAUUCAGGAGAGCAAGGGUACCAUCCAGGAACCCAGAGGUGAUGAUGCACGGGUUCAAGAGGACACAACGAGUGUCUCGCAAGGGGAUGCAUAUGUUAUAGAUCAGAAGAAAGUGGAUGAUGUGACAGUAAUUGAAGUAAAGACCCCGAUAACUCUCCCAAAGUAUGAAGCAAGACUGGUGCAGAGGCAUGAGAUGUUGACAGUUGAUUCUAUUAAUCUUGCUCAAAGUAUUCUUCAUGAGAUGUUCCCUCAUUUGAAAGGAUUUCAGACGGUUGCUCGUGGUGCUGUCCAAGCAUUUCUUCCUGUCAGUGGUGAUUUCAUUCAGAUCUUGCACGAUGGUAGCCUACACUGGGUCUGUACUGCAAACAUAUCACUCACUGGAAGCAAAGAUCCUGCAGCUGUGAACAUGUAUGACAGCAUGAAUCAAGGUUUUAUAGCCAAGUUUACCAAACAACAACUCGCCUCGUUCAUGUGUAUUCAGAAUGCAGAGAUGAAAAUUAUCAUGAAAUCAGUUCAACAACAAACCUCUCACGUUGAUUGUGGUGUAUUUGCCAUCGCGUUUGCGACAGCGCUUGCGCUUGGCCAAGACCCGAGCAAGUUACGAUAUGACGUACCAAAAAUGAGACCACAUCUUGUUGAGUGUUUGAAGUUGAAGAAGAUGAGUCCAUUUCCUGAGAUGAAACCUGGCAGCGAGAUCGUCUUGUCUAAGAGGAAGUUCUACACAGUCGAGUUGUUCUGUAGUUGUCGUAUGCCUUAUGAGAAACCAAAGAGCGAAGCUGACCUCAUGGCACAGUGUGGGAGCUGCAAGGAAUGGUUUCAUCAGCGAUGUGAGAAAAUUGCGCUGGAGAUUUUUAAAGCUUCGGGAAUGAACUUCUUGUGUGCCUUGUGCUUAAAACGAGAGUAAAACAGUUAAAUAUUGUGAAAUAGGAUUGUUUUGUAAUAAGUACAGUCAUAUAACUUUUCCAAUGGAAGAUUGAAGUAGUGACUUUUAGAUUUACAGUUGUAGAUUGUUGACAUAAGAUUGAAGUUAAGGAUAUACUUCAAUGAAAUUCCAUGUUAUGAUCUUUUUAAAUCACUCUAAACAAG